AUGGGUUGCUGUCUUUCUCGUUCUUCGGGACCCAACUCGCCUUACCCGGGUGGCGCACCCAAUGCUUCAUCACGCGCUAUCAAUCCUCCCCCGCUGUCCCUCCCUGAAGCCGCUCAACCACAAAUCCCUGCCGAAAGACGUCGCCAGCGUCGUCGCAGUGACCGUCCCUUGGAUCAGCACAUCGACAAGCCCUUACGGCGGCACGAAUGGACUGCCCGCGAUCGCACCUGGACCAAGAGCGAAUUGGUAAAAGAACGAGCCGCCUUCUUCGAUACACGAGUCACCGGGCGACCCGAGAUAUGGCAGACUGUUCAUGCAGCGCUGCAAGUUCUAUGGGACCCUGCAAGCCAAGACGCCCAGGACGAUGGAUCAAAUGGCCUCGCGACAGCUCAAAUGAUUCUCUCGGCAGCCGAGAUCUCAUUACCCACCGGCGACCUCGCCAACGGCGUGUAUGAUGCUCUUGGAAACUAUUAUCAACUACCAGAAUGGGCUGUUUCCGAUCCGCAGAAUGUUGGCGAGGACCAGGAAACCGGUGCCAAAGGUGACAUUUCCACUGCGGGCGAUGACACAGCAGCCGACGAAGAGUUGAGCGACGACGAGCUCGAUGGCAAAAAGCAAGAAAAGGGUAAGGAGGUGGACGAGGUACAGAAAUUGGUCAAGUUACGAGCCAGGCUCAGUGAAAAUGGCCACGACAUUAAUGUCAAAGUAUCAGAGUCAGAAACCGUUCGAAGCGUAGCCAAAAAGAUUGCUCUCGAGGCGAAUCUUGCCUCCACAAAGAAGAUCAGGAUAGCAUACAUGGGCAAGAUCCUCAAGGAUAACUUGUCUCUAUCCGCUCAAAACUGGAAGACGGGACAUGUCGUGAAUGCUCUUGUCUUUGACGUCGUUUAGUUCUUGUGCUUGUCCGUCUUUCAACAACUUGAACGAGUCAAUUCUCAAGUUAGACAUCCGCCAUGAACACUCUUCGCGACCAAUAUACUAAUCACCCUCCUUGCCAUACGCCUGGACUCAUCCUCACGGCGAUACUGUUUUAAUUGGUUCAUCAACGCCGACUAUAAUUGGACAAUACCCCAUCUCGUUUAUCCUGUCUACUGCAUAUAUUUCUAUUGGAGUUGAGGGAUGAUGGCCGAGCGAUAAUUUGUUUAGCACUUUGUAUUACUGUCGUCUCAUGUGUUGAGACGCGAUCCCACCAAACGCACGUAUGUAUAUCGAUAAACCCAACGAGGCACUCGACAUGCAUGACAAUA